AACAGAAAUGCUUGAACAAUUCGCGAACAUGAAUACAAUACAAAAACGUAUUGUUUUAUUAAAAGAAGAUCGUUUAUUAGCAUUAUGCUUGUAUAAUCUUACAGCUUAUAUGAUUUUAAUGCAUGUUGAUAAAAAUGUACUAAUCAGUCAUGUACGUCGAUUAUUGGCAAGAUGUCGUAUUGGUUCGUAUUUUGCGGCUACAAUUAGUCAUUUAUUGGAUAAUAUUAAAUAUUUGGAUGGCAAUUCGAUUGAUUUACUGCCUUUAAUGACUAGAUUAAAAGUAUUUCAAUCUUAUGAAAUUGAAAUAGUAGACAAUGUAUUGAAAGAAGCAAAUAUUUUAGAAAUUUUUGGUAAUUGUUUAACAAUUCGUAAUUUAUCUGGUGAAAUUAUCAAAAAAUUGAAUUAUGAUCAGCUGAUUGACUUGUCAUUGAAUGAUUCAACAAUCUCUAUAAAAUUUAAUGUUGAACAAACAAGUUGUGAUCAAUUUUCAUUGUUACAAAUUCGUUGUGAUAAGGCUAAACAAAUAUGUCAUACAAUUGAAACAUUGAUUCAAAGAAGAGAUCAUGAAAAUUCUCAACAAUAAUUAACUACUCUUAUAACCAGCCAUGUUCUAUCCUGUCAUUUAUCAAGAAAUUAACUUCCUACAUUGUGCUACAGAUUGAACAAAUGCUGAAGAAAAUCUCAAUGGAAAUUCCGAAACACAAACAAACAAAACAACAAGGUGGAAAUUAGUGAAAUCAAUGACAUUGUAUUCUUCCACUUAUUCACCGUUUGUAAUUAAUCACUCAUGGUUAUUAUUU